AAAAUUCUCGGUUCCUCCCGUUUUGCGAGGUGCCUAUACAAGGCCGUAGCGACGCCUGAUGCAGUGUUGCUGAGGCCAUGGACGACGGCUCGUCAUGCCCGACCGACAGCGCCGGGCUUCUGCCGCCCUUCGCUGGCUCCCCGACGGCUGAGGGUCUCGAAGAGAAGCUGAGGCGAGUGCGCGAGGAGAACCGUCGGCUGGCCGGCACGCUCGGCGCCAUACUCGCCGAUCGCCCCGACCUGCGUGCUCUCGCGAGGGCGCCAGCGUCAGCCGUAGCCACCACUAGGGCGCCGAGCGCCUCUGCCUCCAAUGCAGCGAGGGAGGAGGCCGCCGGCGUGACGGUGGAGCCGCAGCCCAAGGUCAGGACGGUCUGCGCGCGCGCGGAGCCGGCCGACACCGACGCCAACCUCGGCGUCAAGGACGGGUACCAGUGGAGGAAGUACGGGCAGAAGGUGACGCGUGACAACCCGCACCCCAGGUCCUACUUCCGCUGCGCAUUUGCACCAUCUUGCCCCGUGAAGAAGAAGGUGCAGAGAGAUGCGGAGGACAGGUCAAAGCUAGUGGCGACCUACGAGGGCGAGCACAACCACGCUAAAUCCCCGGAGCGAGAAUUCGUCGGCAACGAGUCCACAGGCCACGCGGGGUCGCGGCCGUGCUCGGUCUCCAUUAACCCGUCCGGCUGCACGAUCAGGCUAGAAGAUAUGACGAACCAUGGGUCAGGAUCGAGGCUGGACCUGGAGACUAUCCGGAGGGAGGUUGUUACGCCUGAAUUUCAGAAGCUUCUAGUGGAGAAGAUGGUGAAUUCGCUCAAGAAUGAUGCAGAUUUCAUGCAUGCUCUAACAUAUGCGGUGGCUGAGAGAAUACUGGAAAAUAUUCCAGCCCGGCUAAGUUAAUGUGCCCAAGUAUUUAGGUGUGGAUAGAAAUGUCGACACAAUGGUGGUUUCUUAUGGUAUAAUUUGCACGUUUGCUAUUUCUAGUCAGCUGAAACUUUGUAAGCAUCAGUCAAUUUGAGCACAGUGGAGUCAGGAGCAGAUCUGACGCCGAGCUGGCCACAGUGUCGCCGGUGCAGGCAAGGACUUGCCAUAACCUCGCCGGAGGUAGAGACGACGCGGUUUUGCCGACGUAGGAGAGACGGGGAGGAAAUCAAGUGUGCGCUUGACGAAGAAAGUGAACAGUGGUUGGCCGGCGAGGAAAGAGGAAAGAUAGCCAUAUUGGAUUGAAAUCUAACGUAUCACGCAAAUCGACUGAAAGAUGACUCAGCAACUGACUUAUAGGUGCUCUCAUAAUUUUGAGCUGAGGACCGCUAGCCGCCAUGUGCUUUUCUUGGUGAGAAGAGGUGUAUCUCCGUUAAUGCAGACAAGUUCCCAUCAGCGAGACAAAAUUUCAUAUAUCAAAAAUCUAUC